ACAGACAAUAAUAUCACAGAAAGGUUUUGAUAUUAAAUUUGUAUAACCUCGAAUUAUACAUAUUUUGCAUAAAAUAAUAGUUAUUUUUAUAUGAAAGGGGUGACUUAUUUAAUGUUAACCAUAUACUAAUUGCACACCGUGAUUAUUGUAAUUUUGGUGUUAGGUGUAACCUGAAUUUGUAGAAAGCAAGUCUAAACUGCUAACACUUUUAAAUGUGUAUAGGUACUUCUCAAUAGAAAUACGUCCUAAUAACAAUGCAGCGUAUCACUAGUGUAUUUUAUGAGGCCCUACCGCCUCGCCUGUUGGUAAGGUCACGGUUAAAAUGUUCGAAGGCACCUAAAGAAACUCCUCUUCGCCGGCUGUUAGAUGAUGCAAGUUCAUUUGGUGAAUCUGAAGUGGAAGCUGCAGAGCCCGAGAUGCGUUGGGCAACCCAGCCAUACCCAGCACGAAUCAAGGGCCGGCCCGACCCUGUGCAGCCACGAGUGGAUCCUCGCGAUACCACCGUCCUAUUGUUCCCGGGUCAAGGCUCUCAGCAAGUGGGAAUGGGACGUGCUCUACAAAACUUCCCAGCAGCCAAACAACUUUACGACCUAGCAUCUAAUAUUGUUGGGUGGGAUGUGGCUCGCGUGUGCCUCGAGGGCCCUGAGGACGAGCUAGCGCGGCGUUGCCAAACGGCAGUGCUGGUGACGUCACUAGCGGCGCUCGAGCGUUUGCGCGAGGAGCGCCCGGCCGCUGUGGAACGUGUGCGCGCCGCGGCAGGCUUCUCGCUGGGAGAGAUCGCCGCGCUCGUCUUUGCAGACGCCCUGUCAUUAGAGCGUGCACUGCGACUCGUGGAGCUGCGCGCCGCCGCCAUGCGCGCGGCCUCGGCGGGGCGCCCCGGGGGCAUGCUCACCGUGUGGCUGGCGGCCGACGCGCGCCUCUCUGCUGCGAUGCACCGCGCGCGCGAACACGCCACCGAGCGCGGCCUAGAGGGGCCGGUUUGCCAGGUGGCCAACUACCUGCACCCGGGCUGCAAGGUGCUAGCCGGGGAUGAGGAAGCCUUGCGCUUCAUAGAGAAAUACGGUGCCGAGUGGGGCAUCAGGCGCGCAGCGCGCGUUCGCGUGGAGGGCGCAUUCCACACUCCCCUGAUGGCGCCGGCGGAGGCGGCGCUGCGCGAGGCGCUGGGUGCGAUAGAGCUGCGCGCGCCGCGGCUGGCGGUGUACUCGUGCGUGGACGGGGCGGUGUACCGGUCGGCGGCGGCGGUGCGGCGCCAGCUCCCGCGGCACGUGUCGCGUCCGGUGCGGUGGGAGCAGACGCUGCACGCUCUGUACGCGCGGCCGCGGGGCGAGGCAUUCCCGCUGACAUUGACGCUGGGCCCGGGAGCGGCGCUGCGUUCCACUUUGAGACAAGUUAACGCUCGCGCUUGGGACUCUUCGCUUCAAAUCGACGUAUAAAUUGGCUGCUAUCAUCGAGUUAUAAGCAUAGCACCACGAUUGGCCUUAGUGGGUCCACAGGACCGGAACAAUUAAUGGAACCAUUAACUGAAGAAGAAGGAGUAGGAUGAACACAAGGACGUUGAAAAAAGGCGGACAGUCUCUUGAAACGACUGUGGCACCUAGCUACUGUAGACUUAUACGCAGAAU